UGUUAUUGUCCACUUUGUAGGGGGGGCAGGAACCCUAACCAGCAGGUAGUUGCGUUGGCGUUCUCGCUCUUUUUGAAACUCUCCCCAUUAAAAAUACGCUUGAAUGUCUCGGUUUUAGGAAGUUUUAUAUUUCAAAUCGUACAUAGCUAGCGUACACACCGUUCCGAAGUAAUGGAUUCGCGGGUAUCAGAGCUUUUUGGGUCAGGUUCCGGGCAGAAGUCUGGUUGCCAAGGAGUUGGAUCUAACGUUAGUUCGGGGAAUGGCUUCGUAAUGGGUUCUAAAAAGUAUUCUUUGAAGAAUGCGAAAAAAGGAAAGAGUCGGUCAUCCCGAAACUCCAAACCAAGCAAUAACCCCCCAUAUCUUCCCCCGGCUAAUCUACCCCCAGAGGCUGAAGAGGGGAAUAUAGAGUACAAGCUGAAGCUGAUCGACCCCACGCAAUACCGCUUUGAACACCUGGCCACACAGAUGAAAUGGCGUCUACAGGAGGGGCGGGGUGAGGCUGUCUAUCAGAUUGGUGUUGAUGACAAUGGCAUGCUGGUGGGCCUAUCAGAGGAAGACCUGAGGUCAUCGCUAAAGACCCUAGGCAGGAUGGCAGAGAAGGUUGGAGCUGACAUCACCAUUCUCAGAGAGAGAGAGGUGGACCACGAUGCUGACAUCCCCCGUAAGAUCGCUGAGGUUCUCAUAAGGAAGGUGCCAGACGACCAGCAGUUCCUGGACCUGCGGGUGGCUGUGCUGGGUAAUGUGGACUCAGGAAAGUCCACCCUGCUAGGCGUGCUGACACAGGGUGAGCUGGAUAAUGGGCGAGGCCGGGCAAGACUCAACCUCUUCAGACACCUCCAUGAGAUCCAGACCGGACGCACCUCCAGCAUCAGCUUUGAGAUUCUCGGCUUCAACAGCAAAGGAGAGGUGGUGAACUACAGUGAGUCGCGGACGGCAGAGGAGAUAUGUGAGAGUGCCUCUAAGAUGAUCACGUUCAUUGACUUGGCCGGCCACCACAAGUACCUGAAGACAACCAUCUUUGGCCUGACCAGCUACUGCCCAGACUUUGCCAUGCUGGUGGUCAGUGCAAACACGGGCAUCGCUGGUACAACGCGGGAGCACCUGGGUCUGGCCAUGGCUCUGAAGGUGCCCAUCUUCAUUGUGGUCAGUAAGGUGGACCUGUGUAAGCGCGACACGGUGGAGCGCACGGUCCGGCAGCUGGAGCGCAUCCUCAAACAGCCCGGCUGCAACAAGGUGCCUCUGGUGGUGUCCACUGCUGACGAUGCGGUCACAGCCGCACAGCAGUUCGCUCAGUCACCCAGCAUCACUCCCAUCUUCACCGUGUCCAGCGUGUCUGGGGAAAGUCUGGAUCUGCUCAAGGUCUUCUUCAACAUCAUCCCCCCACUCAGCAACAGCAAGGAGCAGGAGGAGCUCAUGCAACAGCUCACUGAGUUUCAGGUGGAUGAGAUCUACACAGUGCCUGAUGUGGGGACAGUGGUGGGAGGAACUCUAUACAGUGGUAUCUGUCAUGAGGGGGAGCAGCUGGUUGUGGGUCCUACAGACUCAGGUCAGUUCCUCAAGUUGACAGUGUGCAGCAUCCAAAGGAACCGCUCGGCAUGCAGGGUACUGAGGGCCGGCCAGGCCGCCACGCUCGCACUGGACACUUUCGACCGUUCACUGUUACGCAAGGGUAUGGUGAUGGUGAGUCCAGAGAUGAACCCCACUAUCUGUUGGCUGUUUGAGGCUGAGAUCGUGUUGCUGUUCCACGCCAAGACCUUCCACAAGGGCUUCCAGGUCACUGUGCACGUGGGCAACAUCAGACAGACUGCUACUGUGAAGGCUGUGCACGGCAAGGAGGAGCUGAGGACAGGCGAGAAGGCGGUGGUAUGUUUUAAGUUCAUUAAGCACCCAGAGUACCUGAAGGUGGGGGCCAAGCUGCUGUUCAGAGAGGGAGCCACCAAAGGCAUCGGCCAGGUCACCAAGCUACAACCUGUCUCCCAGUCACAGCCCUCACAUAGUGAGGAGGAGGACGAGGCCUAGAACCCAGAACCGCCCAGUGGAACAGGAGAACCACAGCCGUCCCAGCUAGAUCCCAGGAUCUAGAACAUCGGAGAAGGUUCCUUCUCUUUCUCCUGUAAUCUUCAGCCUUCCUGCUUCUUCCAAAGCCCCUCUCCUGUCAUCUCAGCAAAGAACCGACUUUUCCCUCACAACUUUAGUCUUUUACUUUGUUUUUCCAAAGCCGUUGUUGUCACUAAACCUUAUCUCAAGCUUUUUCAAGAACUGCUUUUCCGAUUGUUUCCUUUUGCUUUUCUAGAUACUGAAGGGAAGUUUAUUUUGUCUCCUGUGUCACCUGUUCACCUAGCAACAGUCACCACGGUGAGGUUGAGGUGUAAGGAAGACCUGGUUACAAAAGGCAUAGAGAUCUAUCCAAUAGUAACUAUGGAAAUAUGAGUGUAAAGCAGCAGUCACCAUAAACACAUAGUUGAUUCACACCUCUGGGUGAAGUGCAUGCACACACUCGUCUCUCACUCAAACAUACAUACACACACUGAAACACAAGAACACAGGUGCGUCCACACACACUGAGACGCCUGUAUUUAUCACCUGAAAAGGCACUGAGUUCUGUUAACGCGUCUGGCAUGUUUACAAACCAAAAAUACAGACAGAGGACUGAUGGCAGAUUGAUGUGAGUUUACUUCUAUUGCAGCUACAGUACUAGGAUGUCAGAGGUUAGAAUUGUGAUAUCUCCUCUGUCAACUUCAUAAUCCCACAUCUUGUUUUUAUGACCUGCACAGUGCCUGACUGAAAGUGACAAAAGUCCUCUUAUACCAUGUUUGAAUAUGUCGUUCACAAUGGCACUUUAUGAUGAUGAGGCAUUUCCUGUUAGCUUGUGAUGUAUGGGUAAAACUUGACCUUGUGAUAAACUGGCCAGGAUGGCCAAUGAUCUCACUGACAUUCAUCCCCAGUAACGUUCUCCUUCCUCUGGCAUAGUUUGAGAAUUAUGUUUGUAACUCUCAGCAAUGCCUCUCGAUAGUCCAACUAACCAAUUAAUGGUGUUGCUACCUACUUUUCAAGUGCUUUAGUUACUCAGGUCAGUAUAGUUCGUACAGUAUAGACAGCAUUCCACUCUCUCCCAGAACUACUCCAAUGAUAAAUAGAGAAGGUUUUAUUGAUCACUUUGAGUAUCUUUGAGGAAUAAUCAGCCAUUUCUCCCAUAGAGAUUGUGACUGCUUUGUGUGUUUUUGAUUAUGCUUAUUGUUUAAAAGCUGCCACUUUGUACUGCUAUGUUGAAACUGCCCUGUUCGGCAAUCGUGUCUGAGGUUGUCUUUUUCCUGUCGUCUUCUCCCUUAUGUUACUGUUGUCUCUGAUUAUGAAGGGGUAAAACACAGUGCCUAGUGGAACUACUUUUGGAGUACCCUUCCAUGACACCCCAAGGUUUUACAACUUUUUAGGUAAAUCAACUUGAUUUGGUGCUAUUCCUUGAAACAACUUUUGAUAUCUAGAAGAUGAAUAGGGAAAGGUGUGUUUGUUGCUGAAUUUGUUUGUUCAAGGCUGCUGUUGACCUUAUAAACUGUCAAGUUAUUGCAUGUUAGAAAGAAUGAUGCAGAGAAAUCACUCGCUCAUUUAUGCCACAUUCACGUUCUAGUCGGAACUCUGAAAUGUCCUACUUGCUAACUGGUUGAACGCGGUACAUGUAACUACAACCAGUUAGCAAGUUGGAAAUGUCAGUUUCCUAUUUCCAACUAGCACGUAAAUGCGGCAUUAAAACUAUUAAGAGGGGCAACUAAAAUGUGCCCUUUUUGUUGCACAUAUGUUAUGUGUGGUUCGUGUGCACUCAUAGAGGGAAAAAAUAACAAUGUAUUUGAACCAAAAUAUGAAAAAAGAGCUCAUCAGAUGUUGUAAAUUGAUUUUUGUAUCUGAGGAAUGUUUCUGUUUUUAUAGAUUUGUAGUGGUUUCUAAUUUCAAUCAAUUAUAUAUCACCUGUUGUUCAGACUGUUUUAAUCCAGCACCAACACCAUCAAGUGUCACGUUUUCUCUGCCGCGGAUGCAACGAUUGUUUUAGUUUAAAAUAAAUAAAUGUAAAUGCUAUUUGAAAUGUUUGGGGGGUGAAGUACCACAUAUUUAUGUACAGAUCCCGUUUGUAUAUUAUGGUACACAUAAAUAAAAAGUUGUAGUCAA